CAACAACAUAACAAGUCAUAUACAUUAAUCAUCAUCAUUACCACCAUGGCUGAUGAAUCUAAGAACCUUCACAUAGUUAUGUUUCCAUUCCUUGCAUUUGGUCACAUUCUUCCAUUCUACGAGCUUGCAAAACUCCUAGCUCAAAAGGGUCACAAAAUUUCAUUCAUUUCCACACCUAGAAACAUCAAACGCCUCCCUAAACCGCCACUAAAUUUACAACCUUUUUUAGAACUUAUAGAACUUCCUUUGCCCCAAGUAGAAAAUCUCCCUCAAAAUGCAGAAUCAACUAUGGAUAUUCCACACCACAUGGUACCAUAUCUCAAGAAGGCUUUUGAUGGUCUUGAAGAACCUUUGAGUAAGUUUCUAGAGAGUUGCACACCUCAUUGGAUCAUAUAUGACUUUGCACCUUAUUGGCUACCACCAAUUUCCUCUAAGCUUGGCAUCUCAUGCAUAAAUCUAUAUAUUUUUACUGCAUUUGUUCAGAUUACCACUUUAAAUGCCCUUCUAAAUCCAAAUUCUGCUGAAAAAGAAGUAUCCAAAGGUGUAUAUGAGUUUCUUACUCUGCAGAAUGAGUCAGGGGUUACAGAUGCAUUUCGAAUUCAAGAAUCCAUUCGAGGUGCUGCUGCGAUUUCUAUAAGAAGUUGCAUGGAGGUUGAAGGUGAAUCUAUAAGAUAUAUUGAAUAUCUUUGCAAGAAACCAGUUAUUCCAGUUGGGUUGUUGCCACCACCUUUACCACAAAAUAGUAUCCAAGACAAUAACAAAGAUGAAAAUUGGAACACAAUUCUUAAGUGGUUAGAUGAACAAGAAAAAGAGUCAGUGAUUUAUGUAGCAUUUGGAAGUGAAGUAACACUAAGUGAUGAAGAGUUCAUUGAGAUAAAUAUGGGAUUGCAUCUAUCUGGUUGUCCAUUUUUUUGGGUUCUCAAGAAUAAAAAAAAUAUCCCUAAUGAGUCAAAUAAUAACAAACUUGGAAUUAUAUGGAAUGAUUGGGCACCACAGUUAAAAAUAUUAGCACAUAAGUCUAUUGGAGGGUUUUUGAGUCAUUGUGGUUGGAGUUCUGUAAUUGAGUCUCUUGAAUUUGGUUGUCCACUUAUUUUAUUGCCCUUCCAAGGUGAGCAAGAGUUGAAUGCUAUGGUUGUGGAAGGAAUGAAAGUAGGGGUAAAAGUGGAAAGAAAUGAAGGUGAUGGAAAAUUCACAAGAUAUUCCAUAGCCAAGGCAUUGAGAACUAUGAUGUUCCAAGAGGAAGGAAAGAGUUGUAGAAGGCAUGCAGAGGAGAAGAAGAGCAAGAUAUUUGGGAGCAUGGAGAUUCAGCAAAAAUACAUUGAUGACUUUGUUGAUUAUAUGCAAAUUCAUAGACCUAUUAAGAAUAAUUAAUUAAAUAAAGAUCAGCUCUCAUUAAGAGAUUUUUCUAUGCAUGUUAUCCUUCUGUUUGUGUUAAAAAGCAUUAGCUAUUAAGGUGUGAA